UAUACAUAUAAAUACACAUUUAUAAAUUUGAAUGUUACAAAAAAUUAAUAAUCCUAAAUUCCCCGCACAGAAAUGAAAUGUUUUUCCAGUGUAUUUUCACAAAGUUCUCUGGUACCAUUAGCUAAAAUAGCCAAUGCACCGUCACGUUCAUUACGUUUACUAUGGGCUACUGUAACCGCAAUAAUGUUUAUCGGUCUAUGCGUUUGUAUCAGUCUAGUUGUUAUGCAAUAUCUAAAACAUCAGACAGUAUUUCAGUUAGAUUAUUCUGGUCGACAUACAGUAUAUGAUCAAGUCCCUGGGAUAACCAUUUGUCCACAGUCACAAGAAUCAAAACGUCUAUUUACCGAUGCAAUGAAACGUUUCAAUAUUGCUUCACAAUCUCAACCACUACCAUGGUUUAGUAAGACUGUUAUGGAUCAGUUUCGUGCGAAAGCCUUAGAAAUUCAACCGAAUUUAAAAUUCAGUGUUAUUGUAAAUCGUUUACCUAAAGGUGAUUUAUUAUGGAAUACAUCAAAUACUGCAAUUUCACCGAUAUAUAGAAUGUUGUUAAAUUUCAGUGUUGAAUUUCAAAUUCAACCAUCACAUUUAUCUGAUAGCUACCGAUUAACUGUUAUGGAACAAGUGCCAAAUAAACGAAAUUUCUUGUGUACAACAUUUGAAUUACUCUCAAAAAAUAUGGAAAGAGUGUGGUCUUAUUUAGAAAUUCGCAUAAAUCAAGAAAAUAAUUCAGAAGGUACAAAUCGUGUUACAUUCACAGUCAUAACACAUGAACGUGGCGAGUUACCGUUCAGUGCUUACGAUAGGCAUAUCCAUACAAUUCUACCGCCGGAGACUUCUGUCUCAUUAUAUUUUUCAAAAUCUGUAACAACACGUUUGAAUACUGCAAGAAAUCCAUGUCAUGUAGGCGCUGAUGCUAAAUUUAUCGCUUCUGAAUUAACAAUAGACACAGAAAGUGAAAAUGUUCAUCAAAAGACUGUAAAUGAUCAAUCAGAUCAGUUGUCACCAAAAAUGUUGUCAUCGGCAUCCAGAUCGACAAUGAGUGAUGGAACAGAAGACUACGAUAUAAAUUCACUUUCCAACAUGAAUAUUAAUGAAAAUGAUGGUGAAGGAAGUAUCAAGCAGCAAUGGUACCUAGAUUACCUUGAUACUCUUCGAAUGAAAAAUAAUAAAAAGAAUGUUGGUGAGACAACCAACUAUCUACAACAAGCAAAAUCACGUUUUCGUCAGAAAAAUUCCGAUCAGCGUCGUAGCAGUAAAUCAGCUACUGUCAGUUUAUUCGGUACAGAGUUUUUAUAUAGUCGUGAAGCAUGUGGAUGGGCAGAAUGCUGUGCUAAAACGGCACUGUCAUGCAAUUCCACGUGUUCUCUUGACUUGUUAUCUGCAGCUUCACAAUCACAGUCUCUAUGUGAGCGUUCACAAUGUCAAGAUGAACAAAUCUCCUAUGAAACCUGUCCAUUACCGUGUAUACAGACAAAAUUUAUGAAACACAGUGAGGUGCGUUUAUCAGGUAGUGAAGAUGAUCUGCCGACUUCAACAAGUCGAUUAAAAUUAGUGCGUAGUGAAAGUGUACAAGUGGCUACAGAAGAGGAGAUAUUUUCAUUAGCUAAACUAUUCUCUGAAGUUGGCGGUCUGUGCUCAUUAUUCAUUGGUUUUAGUUGUAUAUUUUUGUUUGAAUUAUUAGAAGCGCUUAUUUUAAUGCAUUAUCCAAAGAAUAAAACAAAGAAAUCAUUAGAACUGAUUAAUAAUAGUAAUGUGAUGUCUCAACCAGAAUUUUUUCAACAUAAUGAUGAAAAGUGUUUGAAGAAAUUCACUGCUAAAACUGACACAGACAGUGUACCACAGAUUACAACAGACUACAUAAUAAGUUCACCGACAACUACAACAAUAAAUACUACUAAUAUGUCUAAGGAUGAUGACAGUAGUAUGUUCAGUGGAAAUGAUGAAUAUAAAAAGAGUCAAACACAGAAAUUUGACGACCCGCCAGAAAUGAACAAAGCCAAUGUUAGCACGUUUCCAGAAGAUGAAUACCUAGAAAAAGCGACACAAUUGUCUUCUCAAAAUAAGUAUUUCAAUGGCUUGAAAAAUUCCAAUUAUCCUGUGGACAAAAGUUCUAUCCCACUAAAGGCAUUAUAUCAGCAACAAGAUGAGGAUAUUGAUCGUAAUCAUGAAUAUGAUGGUAGAACUAAUAACGGUGUUAACAAACACAUUCUCUCCUUAUAUAACAGACAUACAACUGAACCAAAUGAAGUCACUCAAUCCAGUCAUGUGUAUAUGUUGCCUAUUCGACUAACAACUAAUGUUUUAUUGCAUAAAAUAAUGGAGAAUCAGACAAAAACUGCUAGUUUAAACUCUCGUGAACAUUCUGUUUGUUCAGCUGAUAUGGUUGGAAGAGAUUACAACUAUAGUGAGACAAUAACAAUGUGUUCACGAGAAGAACUGAUCGAGUUACUACACCAAAACAGAAUACGUAUCAAAGUAAUGUUCACAGAACAAUGAAAGAUUCUUGCUGUUCUUACUGUUUACAAACACAAGUAUAAAUUUGCACACUUCAACCCCUUAAAUGAAAAAGAUCAUUGUGAUAAACAUCAAUAAAGAGGAUUCUACAAAUUCUACUGAUACUGACAAAAAAAUAGCAGAGUCUUGUAAUUAGAACAGUAAUUUCUUAAAAAUAGUAAAACACAAACGAGAAAUACUUAUAUAAAUAAACACAUAUAUACAUAUUACCUUUUCCCCUCUUCCUGUAUGUUUAAAAGUAUUUAAAGAUUAAACCGAAAAGUGAAUGUUUGCAUCUGACUGUGAAGAGAUUAUUUAAACUUGGCGGAAAGACAGUUUGCGCUACUCCCUGAACAAUGUCCAAUUUUCUUCUUACCUUCCUUCGUCUUUUGUUUCUCUGAGUUAUACACAAAGGAAAAGAGGAGAAAAGAAUAAAAAUACUGUACUUGAUUUGCCAUUCACUUUUGAUGUGUGCGUGUCUUUUUUUUGUUUUUUGAAACUGACUGUGAAACACUAUUUCCGUUUUGUUUUUCCACACGUUUUGUUUAAAAACAAACUGUAUUUUUUGUUUCUUGCUAAAGUUUGAUUACAAAGUGAACAGAAAAUAUUGAGUGAUUAUUUUUGUUUUUUAAAUUUAUAAUACCG